AGGACGUUUCCACAUGAGGAUUUUAAGCAUUUCCACCUCGUUUCCACCUCGUGAGACUUCCACGUGUUUACAUGACAGAGAGAGCAGGUAGCGGCGGAUUUUAACCAGCUUCAGCCUCUAAUCUGCACACGUUGAAUGCGCCUGCGCGUCCAGUUGUAUUUUUGUGGUGCUAAAGAUGACUUCUCUGAAACGUUUGGUGCACAGCAGGCUGCUGCUCCACCUGAACGAGUCUCCAGGUGUGCACAGCUCCCUGCCCAGGUUCGGCAGGCUGCUCAGCACCUCCAGCAGGUGCAGGACUGUCAUGCCCGCCUGGGUCAUUGAUAAAUACGGAAGCAAUGAGGUUUUACGGUUCAACAAGAACGCCAGCUUUCCCAUCAUCAACUAUCCCAAUGAGGUGAUUGUCAAGGUGUUUGCAGCAGGACUCAACCCCAUCGACGUCGCCAUGAGAGGUGGCUACGGCGCAGCUACGUUGUCCAUGAAGAGAGAUCCUCUGAACAUCAAGCAGUCGGGCAGUGAGUUUCCUCUCGUUCUGGGCCGGGAUGUGUCCGGGGUCAUCAUGGAGUGCGGCCUGGACGUGAAGCACUUCAGAGAGAGGGACGAGGUUUGGGCGGCGAUCCCGCCGUGGAAGCAGGGCAGCCUGGCGGAGUUUGUGGUGCUGAGCGCCAACGAGGUGUCCCACAAACCAAAGUGUCUGAGCCACAUCGAGGCUGCUGCCAUUCCCUAUGUGGCAACCACCGCCUGGUCAGCGCUGGUUAAUACUGGCGGUCUGAGAAGGGACAACUGUGCCAACAAGAGGAUUUUGAUCCUUGGAGGAUCCGGAGGAGUGGGAACGUUUGCUGUACAGAUGGUGAAGGCGUGGGGCGCCCAUGUGACCGUUACCUGCUCCCAGAAUGCCGAGCGGUUCUUAAGGGGGCUCGGGGCGGACCACGUGGUGGACUACACUGCUGGGCCCGUCGAGGAGCCGCUCAGCGCUCUGGAGAAGUUCGACCUGAUCCUGGAUAAUGUCGGGGGUGACACGGAGCGUUGGGCGUUGAAGCUGCUGAAGCCAUGGAGCGGCGCCAAGUACGUCACCCUGGUGACGCCGUUCAUGCAGAACACCGACAGGCUGGGUGUAGCUGACGGCAUGAUGCAGUCCGCCGCUACAGUGGCCAGAAAGGUCUUAAAACACCUGAUGAAAGGAGUUCAUUACCGCUGGGGAUUCUUUGCACCCAGCGGCUCUGCCUUGGAUGAAAUCAGGGACAUGGUGGAUGCAAAACAGACAAGCAUCGACGUGCCGCCUCCAAUCAGCCUUUUGGGAACCGAAUCCUCGAGUGUGAUCGUGCCGGCACAUGUGGACGGAGAGAGGAACGGGAGCAGCAUCUCUACAGUGUGGAGCGGUGGGAUUUCACUCGCUGGCUGUCAUGUCGUCACCGCGGCAGCAGAUAGAUGUGCCCUGCAGUGAUGCGACAUGUACGUACUUGGAGGUGGUUUCACCAGAACAGGAGGGAUGUUCACGGUCCCUGCACUCUGUCAGAGAAGGAAACUUUCAGGGGGAAAACAGAAGCAGGUCAAAUAUUUGUCCUCUCCAUAAAUAGAUUCAUAUGAUGAGCAAAGCCGUCAUGCAGCGGCUGCAUGACAGCUUUGCUAACAACACUUUGCAUAUUCCUCAAACAUAUUUAUGUGUUGAGGCAGUUUGAUUCGUCCAUGUAAAGGAUCUUAGUUUUCUACAGUGUGAAAGCUCGCUCUGCAGAUGUGCUCCUGUUUCUGCUGAACUUCAGUCGAAUUAAACCAAAAUGACUCCAUAAACAAAAACAGGUCACAUGACUGAGUUCAGAGACAGCUUUGUGUGUCCUGCACAUUCUGCAGCCUGCUGCGAGUCCAACACCACCUCCUGCCUGUAUUUCCACACAGCUGGAAAAAUCUGUGACCAGAUGUCAGGAGAACAAAGAACCCUCACACAGAGGGGAAACUGUGAGCUGUGCAUCCUUACUUUAAAAAAAGUGAGUGUAACCUCUGACCCUGUUAAGGAAAUGUUGCAGAAUGACUUGAGGGUGAAAUGCGUCUCCCACACUGUCAGCGAUCGGCACAAACCAGCCCCGACUUGUGUGAAUCUUCUCUUUGUUGCAGCAGACAAAGCUCUACUGUUACUGAUGUUAAAAAACAAUGUGCGCAGUUAUGAUUUUAAUACACCAAGACAACAGAUGUCAGUGUGUCAGGGUUAGAAUUCACAGAUUUGAUUAACAGCAGAAAUUAAAGAGCAGGCUUCCAGCGUGAGCGCAGGAAUGACGGACUGUGGGUGGAGGCCGAGCGGGUGUAGAAAGGCUUCACAUUCUUCAAACCAGUGCUGCCCCCGACCCACGAGGAGGGUUUUUAAGAGAAGAUGAGUAUAAUUAUUGACCCUCAUCAGCACAGGAAAUGCAAACAUGCUUAUUUUAAAUGAUUAUUUUUAAAGUUUAAUUACUUAUCAAGAAUGAUCUACUCUUGUUCUAUAUACUUCAGGUUAAAUUUUACAUGCACACAGACUUUGACACUGUGAAAGACGCUUUUUGUAGUCAACCUCUGCAAAUUUCAACUAAAACUGUCACCAGCAGGGGGCAGCGUUUCUCCAGUACAUGUUUGAGAUGUUUUCAGACUGCUGCUGUUUAACUCCUGAUAUUUAUUUUUAAUUCCAUCUUUUUCUUGAGAGGCUCUGCUUUUCAUCAUUUUAAAUAAAAUCUCUUCUUUUUGCUUGUUAAAUAAAAGUUAGAUUGGCUCACAGCACCAUCUCCUGGUACAAUCUGGUAUU